AUGGGUGAGACAUGCUCUAAACCCAAAUCAACUACAGUAGUUGCUUCGCUUGUAGAAGCAGUCCCACAAGAUAAAACACUAAAUCCAUCAGCCGUUACCAAUGCUCCAGCGACUACAGCUGAGUCAAUUUUUGAAUCAGAUAUUCGAGCUAUUCUGUCUACAAUCAACGAAGCCAUAUCACGUGUGUCGGCUGAUAGAAUAGUCCGUCGUCAACAGUUUGAUGAUACUACUACGUUUCAAGUUUCUAAUGAUAGCGACAAUAGCAGUGACGUUAAACCCGCUCAGAGUGCCACAAUUCUAUGGUUUCAGUUACUGAUUGAUUACAUCAUUAGACUUUCAGAAGGACCAUCUCUUCCUGAGUUAAUUGAUCUUUGUCGUCAACAGUACGCUGGUAAUGUAUUUGACAUGGCACUCAUCGAAGAAUUUGAGGAUCAAUACCGGUCGGAUAAAGCAAUUUGGUGGUACACGAAAGACUCGUUCGUUUAUCGUUUACUAAACCAAGCGCUAAGGGAGCGCAACCUUAGAAUGAUCAUUUUAUUUCGAGAGUACAUUCGUGAUCUAAUCGAACAGUUAGUUGAAAAUCAAUAUUCUGGUGCAAGCACAAUUACAGUCUAUCGCGGGCAAGCUCUAUUAGUUUCAGAAAUAAAUCGAGUUCGAGAUCAGACUUCUCCGUUAAUAGUAAUGCAGUCAUUUCUGUCGACCUCAAAGAAUCGUGAAGUAGCCUUAAGUUUUGCAAAACAGAUGGUUCUUCCCGCGACGUUAAAUCCUGUUCUCUUUGAAAUCACGGCAGACACUCAACUAAAAGAACGACCGUUUGCUGAUAUAGCACGUCACAGUGAAUUCGAAAACGAGGAAGAAAUUUUGUCUAGCGUAGGCUGUGUAUUUAAAGCAACAUCACUAGCCUACUCCGAUAAUGUGUGGUUAAUCAAGUUAACUCUUUGCAAGACUGACGAGUACGAGCCCAAUAAUAUUUAUUCGACAAUGAACGCUGCUUUGGAUUCGAGUAUUGAUCUGGACACGUUCGAUAGGUUUUUGUACGACAUAGGUAUACCGAGCUGGAGCGACAUACAAUGUGUACUUCCGCCCAAACAGCAGCAAUUAGAUUUGAAUAAUGCAAAAUCUGUCUGCGCAUAUGCUGAUAAAUUAUUUCGUCACCACGACGAUUCUGUGGCAGGAAUGGAAGUGGCCACGUGGUAUCUUAAAGCAAUUGAUCUUGAAGGCAAGUUACAACCUGUGAACUAUCUGAAUCUUUUCAAGAUGUAUCUGAAAGUCGCAGAAUGUUUGGAAAAUGACAAAAUUUACUAUGAAAAAGCUAAAAAUAUUGUAACAAAUUUAACUGAAGAGAACGGUCCUCUGCAAACAGCUAGAUUAUAUUUUAAAUUAGCGCAUCACUGUAGUCUAUAUAGUGAUAGGGACCAUGACGAAGCCUUGGACUGCUACCUGGCGUGCUUGCACAUUCAGCAAGAGGCGUUACCUGAAAAUGACUUAAACAUCGCUUUAACUUAUAAACAAAUCGCAACACUACAUAAUGAUCAUCUGAGCAGUCAUGAAAUUAGUGAACCAUCUUUCUCUGAGUAUCUCGUGUAUACUUCAAUCGCAGAAUUUUUCAUGGGAAAAUGUUUGUCUAUACAACUGAAAACGUUGCCAGCUACACAUCCUGAAUUAGCAAAGACAUAUUUUUGA